UGCUGACUGCCAUUUUAUCACGCCAGAUGGCGCAUCGUCGCCAUGGCCAUUGAAAACUGUCAUAUUCAUACGUUUAAUAACCUUUCACAAAGUAAUUUUUUAAUUUUCUCAAAAUAUGCCUCUUUGUGCUGUGCCAGGAUGUACUAACUCCGGUGUCCAUUUAUUUCCGAAAGAUCCAAAGUUAAAAAAACAGUGGGAGAAGGUUAUACGUCGCAAAAAUUUUGUGGCGACUUUGCAUAGCAGGUUAUGUCGGAAUCAUUUCCAAGAGUCUGAUUAUGUAGGAGAGUCAGCUUACACAGGAUAUCCUCAAAUAUGCAGGUAUUUAAAAAAGGGGACCAUACCAAGCAUAUUUCCUUGGUCCACCCAUGUGUCAACAACGCCUACAUCAAGAGCCCGUCGAUAUUUGGCAAGAAGCAGACGCCAAAUUGACUUCGGUCAACCAACUGUGGAUGAAAGUAUUCCAGAACCCUCUACGAGUACUGAAAUAGAAAUAUCUACAAUAAUAGAGUCCUCAACAGAAGACAUUACUCCAAAAGCAAUAUCUGUUAGCACUCAGUGUGGUAGUACUUUAGGAAUAUUAUCACUAGAAGCUAUGAGAGGCAAUAAUAAAACUAUUCAUUUUUAUACCGGUCUUGAAAACUAUGACAAAUUCAUGCUGCUCUUAGACACAUUAACUCCUAUGUGCUAUAAUUUAAACUAUUUGAGAAGUACAGUUAUGAAUGUUUGUGUUCGUGACCAAAUGUUAAUAACAAUGAUGAAACUUAGAAGGUAUUUACCAGAUUUUGAGUUGGCAUUUUUGUUUGGUAUUUCAGAAACUAAUGUUGCAAACAUUUUUAUAACAUGGAUCAAUUUUAUGUAUGAAAUAUGGAAUUUAAUUGAUAUUUGGCCCACUAAAGAAUUAGUUGAAUACUUUAUGCCGGAGGCAUUUAAAAGAGGUUUUCCGAGUACAAGAAUUAUUGUGGACACAACGGAAAUACCCAUUACAAAGCCUGGUAAUCCUAUAGCACAGCAAGUGACAUUCAGCAAUUAUAAACACAAAAAUACUGUGAAGGCUAUGAUUGGGGCAACACCUGGUGGUCUAAUAUCAUAUAUCUCAGAAUGUUAUGGUGGUUCUGUCAGUGAUAGACAGAUCAUAGAAAGAUCUGAGCUGGUUAAUCGUUGUGACAGUGGCGACUCUAUUAUGGCUGAUAGAGGUUUCAAUGUGCAGGAUAUAUUUGCUACAAAAGACGUUACUAUUAAUAUUCCAACAUAUUUGAAAGGAAAGACACAAAUACCUGGUAUUAGAAUAGUCCAGGAUCGAAAACUAGCAAGCAAACGAGUGCACAUAGAACGUAUUAUUGGGCUAGCCAAAACUUACAAGAUUUUAAAAAGUGAAUUAAGCCCAUACCACGUAGCCUUAUCAUCAAGAAUUUUAUUCAUUUGUGCUUUUGUAUGUAAUUUUAGAGAAAAUAUUAUGAAAUAAAAGCUGUUUAAUCUUAUAUAAAUUUUUUAUUAGACAUUAUUAUUCUUUAUAUAGGAGUUUUUUAAUCACAGCAGCUUUAAAGAAGUUGUGAUAAAAAUAAUCAAGUUUUUCUAACAUGUACUUAAUGAAUUCUUCAUCAUAAUCAAUGAAUAUGACUUCUAAACUUUUGAAGGUAUAAACCAAUAAGUUGCAAAAUUUCCUUUUUGUGACAUACAAUUGCCCUUGUAUUUGAUAGUAAUAUAUGUUGUUCUUUUUCAAAGAGAGUUUCCCAUUUUCAUAUUGUAGAUAUGGCACAUUUAGUGGACAAACUUCUUUGUUCCGCGAACUAUAUGGACAUUUUACUUCUAUUAUUGUUUCUGAUCCCAGUAAGCCAUCAGGGGAUGCUCCUAGGUAAGGACGUUCCUUACUCAAAAAUAACCCACAUUCUGUAAUUUCAAGAUUAAAAGUGUCCAUAUAUUUUUUCAUUGCAAUUUUUUCAUUUAUAUUACCAUGUGCCAUUGCUUUGGUUUUUAUUGUAGUUUUAUGUAAGAUUUGACUGG